GAUUGCGACCUCAACCACACCAAUGGCCCAACAAACGACUCUGGAUGAGUGGGCGAAGGAUCCCGUGGAUCCUGAGAUCCGUGCUCAUGUUUACAGUCUUAUCACCGCUCUCGGUGGUACUGGCGACGACGGCACUUACUCCUUCGGAGACGACGCCCUUCUCUGUCUGAAGGACCUACGCAAGUGGCUCAAGUUCGCCGACGGACAAUUAAACCGCCGCGAUGUGGCACGAUGCAUGGCCGAGGCGAACCUAGUGAAAGGAGACCUACUAGAGAUCCUUGCGAAGGUGUCCCCAAAGGUGACGGAUGAUCGUCUGAAGCAUAAGCUCGCUGUUGCGACAUUGGAACUUCUUGUACCUUUGACCUGGCCGUUCGAGAUCGACCCCGUCGAAGCGACCGUAAACCACCACCGCCAUGGACCGUAUAUCCAACUCGCACAGAUCGCCUACAAACGUGCAAUCCUGCAGUAUGAUCGUACACACAUCCUCCAGACCGCUGUUCGCAUCGCUCUCCCUUCCAUGGCCAUUCCCCUACGCGAACGAACACCUCGAGACGAUGGCAUCAUCCGCAUCGCUUUAUACUUUAUCCGAAACGUAGUUAUGCUUUCACCCCCCAAAAGCGUACCAAUAGACAUAGAUGAGGCGGAGGUAUCCAGGUCAGCUGUGAUUGAUGCCUUUCAGCAACAGGACAUCUUCCAGGUCAUUCUCAGCGUCGCCUCGAGCAUCGGAGAGGACUUCGUUUCGCAAGAUGUUAUUGUACUAGAGAUCCUGUUCUAUUUGCUCAAAGGCAUUGACGCGGAGAAAUUGUUCAUGGAAGAAAAGAAACUUAGGAGCAAAAACACCGAUGAGCUCAAGAGUUUAAUCCAAAAAGAGAAGUCAAUGCUGGCUGGGUACGCGCGACAUGCUCCGUCACGGCACAACAGAUUCGGCACUAUGAUUUGGCUCAAGCGUGGGGACGACGAGCAGGUAUCAACGAUUUCUGGACAAGAUGUGCUCGGUAAAGCACAAAAGAGUAUGCAGAAGAUGGAUAUGACAAAAAAGUGGAAUAAACCGAAGCGCCCAGGACGAAAAACGGAUGGUGAACAGGAGCGCGAGGAAUUCGACCUACCAGUUGCCCUCACCUCUUCCGCACAGAAGCACAUCAAAACGUUUGUUGAGGAGUUUCUCGACUCUUCGUUCAAUCCGCUUUUCCUCCAUCUCAGGAAAGCAAUCGAACGAGAAACCGAACGAGUAGAGGAUCGCCAUUCACGGCAGUUCUUCUACCUUGUAUCGUGGUUCCUGCAAGCGGAGUGUGCCCGUCGGCGUACUAUGAAGGAGAAGGCAGCUGACUCAAAGAGCAAGCAAGUUCUCAGUGCCGAAGACGAAAGCUAUGGUCUAGUGGCAGAGGUGAUGAAUCAAGAGACGUUCAUCCUGAUGAACCGUUUCAUGCAGAAGAGUGAAGAUGAGAAAGCAUGGCAAGAUCUCAACGCCGGCAUGAAGUGCUUCACGCAGGUUCUGCUUACAGUACAGGAGAUGUCUGACUCGGCAGUAGAGGAUGACCAAGAAAUCGCCGAGAACAUACAGAAUCGAAUUUUCUACGAGGAGUCGACGCAUGACCGGAUAGUCCACACUCUGCGAUCGUAUAAAGACCAGGGUUUCGGGUAUCUUGAUGCGGUUACUGAGCUUUCUCACGUUUUUUUGCGCAUGCUGGAACGCUAUUCGAAGCAAAAUGUGGAUAUGCAAGUUCGGUCGAAACGGCGCGCUCGAACGAUUCGUAAGAAGCAAGCCGAAGCCCAGGGAGAAGAUGGUGAACCAGAGGGCCACGUCUCGGAAAGGGAAGACCUCGAGGCAGCACAAAAAACAGUAUCGGAGCGUAAAUUUGACUUCUCUCGCUUUGCGGCCAAGUUCAUCAAUCAAAGCAGCGUCAACACGUUCAUUGCGUUUUUAAAAUAUUACAACGAACUCGAUCUGGACCAACUGAAACGGGUACACCGAUUCUUCCACAGGGUGGCCUUCAAGAUGGAACUGGGCGUCUUACUGUACCGCGUGGAUAUCCUCCAGCUAUUCAACAAGAUGAUCAAGGGCCCAGAGGGGUUAGAUUCCGACUCGCCAUCGUUCAAAGAGUGGGAGGAGUUCGUGAGACACUUCUUCCGGACCGUUGUGAAACGGAUACAGGACAGACCUGAGCUCAUUGUGGAGAUGCUCUUUAGCAAAAUUCCACAAACCAUAUUCUUCUUGGAGCACGGAUACGACCGACAGCUGCCCACAAGGACACCACGCGCCCCAGCCGAGCUUGAAGUCAAACCUGGUAUGGAAAAGCCUGAACAGAUUGGUGUCGUUGUGGGUGUACUUGUCAAUCAACAGAAAUCAGACGCUUUGCACUGGGUGCGAGACGUCUUAGCCUCAGCCGUUGAAGAGCGAAAAGCAUGGGAAGACAUGCAUGAAGCGCAGAAAGAACUAGCAGCAGUAGUAGAACCAGAUGGACAGGCUGCUAUAGAUCAAGACGAAGCAGAGGCUCCCAAGCCGCCAUCUAUACUAAUUAAGCCUGACAGCGAGGAGCGUCGCGUGGCAAUGUUCAAAGACAACAAGCUUCGUCUUCUGUUGACGCUUGUGGGCUUCACCCGCUUGGGCGCCAACGACGAUCUUGAUGCGAGCUGGGUGAUACCAUCUUAUUUGACAUCCGCAGAGCUACAACAAGCAAUCGACCUUAUCCGCAAGUAUGAGUUCGAUCCGCCAACGUACGAUGACGGCAAAGGCCCUGAGGACAUGCUUCGCAGCAAGGCCGCGGCAGCACGUCGCCCCACUCGUCGCGUGGAUUGGGACGAUGAUGAUGACGGCAUCGAUCACGAUUCUGGAGAAGAUCGCGGAGAGUAUGCCUUGGACGAGCCGACUGCAAGAAAGGCUGAUCGAAGCGGGAAGAAAGUACUCAAGGGUCGUCGAAGGGCACGCACGCCGGUUGAGCUUGAUGAUGAGGAGAAAGAAGAGAGGGCAAACGCUCGACGCCAAAAAGAAAUCGAGAAGCAGCUCAAAGUCAAAAGUACAAUGUUUGUCCACGACUCCGACGAAGAAGAUGAUCCAGAAGCGGACGCGGCAUUCUUUGCAAGGGAAGAAGCACUUCGGGCGCAAACCAAGGCAAACAUCGCCAAGUCACUAGUGUUGGGAAACACGGAGCCUGCUGCGUCAAAAAAGAGAAAGGCGGAUGGAACGACAGGAAUGGAUAGCAAGAGAAGAAAAAACCCGCCAAAGCAGAAACAGAGAGCGGGACCAUUCGACUCGGAUGAGAGCGAUGAGGAAGAGGCUGAUGACGGGUCUGAGGGUAAUCCUAGCAGCAGAGCCCAGUCAGAAGAGAGGCAGGUCAACAUGGAUGACAGUGAGGAGGAGCCUCCUGAUACGCCCCUGUCGUCCCAACUUGCCAGUGCAGCAGAACUACCGGCGAAAUCUGCUCCUAACGCGUCUGCAGAUGGCGAUGUGACAAUGGCUGAUCCGGAUGAUGAUGAUGCUGAAGACGAAGUCGUCACCGUUCGGCGGCCUUCGAGGAACACGCGGGCUGGUUUCGUCAUUGACAGUGAUUCGGAGUAGAACAUUUGCAUUGAUUUUGCAUGGCUCAGGUGGCGUUCUUAGCAUGGUAUGUGAAUUCGGAUACCCUCUAUCUCAUAGAUCAUCAAUUACGCUGUAUAUGCGACC